AUGCCAAACUCCCAGCAUGACCCGCCCUCGCCCAACCCCAAGCCACCCAAGCGCCAGCGACGGUCGUCGGUAGACCAUUCGCCUCCCUCGCCCGGAAACGACCAGUCGUCGCCGAGCGACGUGCAUGCGCAUACCCAUCAAGCACAUCCCAGGGGCGCCGGCCACAGCUCCAAUUUCCGCAACAAGCUUCCGAGCUGUAAUAGCUGCGCGAAGGCCGGCGUCGCCUGUGUGGGCUAUGACCCGAUAACGAAGAAACAAAUUCCUAGAAGCUACGUCUACUACCUAGAGACCCGAGUCGAGCAACUGGAAAACAUCCUCCUCGAGAACAAAAUCUCUUUCCCGCCCGCCGAUGACCUGGAGUUAUGUUCGCGUACGGGUUCCGGCCCCAAAGGUGGCCUCUCUGUCGCCGAGACCGGUGUUGUUGGAUCGAGCCCCGCAAGCAAGAAGCAGUCGACCUCCGGAUCGGACUCGGUACAGGUCGCGGGGCGCGACCCGAAGGCAUCUGGUAUGCCCAAUAUUGUUAGCUCGACCAAGCCGCGCUCCCUUGCCGACACCUCUGGAGUCUCCUUUGCCCGCGUGGUUUUGGCUGCUGUCCAAUACUCUGUAUCCGACCAGGCAUCGAAUACCGAUAAAGCCAUUACAGCGCCGACCCCUGGCGGAACCAUCCAAAAACCACCCUCACGCAUCACUGGCGGAGCCUCUCUUCGGGAAUCUUUCUUUGGCCUCCAUACCAAGCCGACUAUCCGGCCUGCCCCCUUCCCCGAUAAGGAGAUAAGUGCAAAGCUGGUGAACUUGUACUUCCAACUCGCCAAUCCUCAAAUACCUAUCCUUCACCGUAUAGAGUUUACGGAGAUUUAUGAUCGGGUUUACGCUACUGAUCCCGCAGACCGAUCACCUCGCGAUCUAUACAUGCUGAACAUGGUCUGCGCUAUUGGUUGCGGCGUGAUAGUGGAUGAUGGAACCAAGCCGGAUCCGCGUCCACCGGCGGGCGGCUCGAUGGAAGUCGACCAAUCGAGGACCGCGCAGGCGGAACCAGAGGAAUACCACGCCAGUGCCAUCGUACACUUAGAAUCAUGCUUGAGCAAUAGUGGAAACAGUCUUGACGUGUUGCAAGCUAUUCUGUUACUAGCAAAUUUUGCCCUCCUGAGGCCGGUUCCUCCGGGACUAUGGUAUAUAAUUGGUGUUGCUAUGCGACUCGCUGUUGAUCUCGGUCUGCACUCUGAAGAUGGAAGCGAUGGUGACUCUGGAAACCAGACCUCCCAGGUUAAGCAAGAGUCAGAAGAGAACCCCCGGCUGGCCGAUAUGCAGCCCAACGACAAGGGUAAGCGCCUCUACCAGCGAGAUAUGCGCCGCAGAUUAUGGUGGUGCACCUAUGCCUUCGAUCGCCUCAUUAGCGUCUCGGUUGGUCGGCCGUUUGGCAUUAGCGACCAGGUUAUAACAACAGAACUUCCCUCGCAAGUUGACGACAAGUACAUCACAAAGGCCGGGAUAUUCACCCCCGACAAUCAAGAGCCGAGUUAUAAGACCGUGGGGCUACAUUACCUGAGGCUCCGCUUCCUGCAGUCCGAGAUUCUCCAGGUAUUGAUGUACAAACAGACUCAGCUUGUGCGAGCAAGCCGACAAAACGCCAACAUCCCCGACAUGCACAUCCGUCUGCCAUCUCCCUUCUUGGUGAACUUUGCAUCUUUUAGGUCAUGGAGGAUCGACAUCGACCGCAGGCUCUACGAGUGGCGGAUGACAGCGCCUUCGAAGGAGAAGACGGGAGUUGCCUUCUCGACUGAAUUCCUGGAGCUCAACUACUGGCAGGCCAUCAUUCUACUCUACCGGAACAGCUUGAGCGUGCCACCAAUGUUCGAGGGCGAGUAUAAUACCUCUAAAGAAGUGGACAGUCCCACCGGAUAUCCUGCGGAACUAGACGAGGAUGAAGACAGGAUAUAUCUCAAGGUCGCGGAAGCCGGCCAGAAGAUUCUCCGUCUUUAUCGACAGCUUCAUCUAAGUGGCCUCGUCAGCUACACGUACCUCUCUACGCAUCACCUCUUUAUGGCGGGAAUUGCGUAUCUCUAUGCAAUCUGGCACUCGCCUAUUGUCAGGAGUCGAUUGACAAUGGAUGAAGUCGACUUCACGAUACUUGCGGCCAAGUCAGUCUUCACAGACAUGAUCGACAAAUGCCCCCCCGCCGAAGCCUGCCGAGACGCCUUCGACCGCACUGCAAAGGCCACCGUCAAGAUGGCCAACCACAACGGCGGCUUCGGCGGCCGCGCAUCUCGAAAACGCCGGUCAACUGCCACGGCAAGGGAAGGCCCCGUCAUGGACUGGCAAUCCUCCAGCGGCAGCCCCUCAACCUCCACGACCAUGUCGGGCCCCACGUCGCGCAACCUCGCCUUUGACAUGGAUAAUCUGUCUUCCCCGGCACUUUCUGCCGCUAGCGAGCUGCCCAUAUCACCUUCGUUCCCCCGCAACAAGACCUACGAGGACGCUUACAGCGUCAUGCAGGCACAGGCUCAGACGGGACCAAGCCCUUCGGACGGCAGCGGGCCCAGUGGAGGGCAAGAGGUUUCGCCUAUCGAUCCGGCUCUCCUCGCGACGCCGAGUCUCGGUCGGCGGAUGGCGCGGCAACAGGGCAGUUCGGCAUACCUCAGGCAACAGCAGCAACAACAGCAGCAGCAGCAGCAGCAGCAAGGUCCCUUUCAGGGCAACCCAAUGGACUACCCGGAUAUUCAGUCGAUGGAAUUCCUCCAGGCGCUGCAAGGAGGUGCGCCGCCCUCGGGAGACCUCGGAAGCCUCGAUCCCUUAGGGUUCGGUUUGAGCUGGGACGCGGGGAUUAAUCAGGACCUAGACGGACAGCAGGUCAAUCCCUUUGACGGGUUCUUUUUUGGCGGCCCACCUGGACAGCAGCAAGGGGGCGCUGGCGGGGCGCAGGGAUAG